GCGACCAAGCUUUGGUUAGACUAGGAUAGUUAGUUGUAAUCGUAAUUUUGCGUCUCUCUCUGAUGUCGAAGUUCCAUCUUUUUAAUCCAUUGUACACUAGGGAUUUUAAUUUUGAAUUUUUCUAGGUGGGGACUCGAUCCCGCCGCCAUAUUGUGUUGGGCUGUGUGUGCUUGAAGUGAACGUUUUGCCGAUAUCAGUGUAAUUCCUUUGUUAUUUUCGAUUGGAUUGAAAAACCUUUCGCGAGCAUGGGUGCUAAACAAAGCAAAAGAUCGGUCGACAUAAGCGGCAAGGAAGCGGAAAGCGCUGGAGAGGUGGCCGCAGCCGGCGCUGGUGGUGAGGGUCGCGUCGAGCAGCUAGCCGAUGUUGAUGCACUUAAACCACAAAUUAAUGGCGACGCCCAUAUCCAUGAACAGACUGCCAAGGAGAAGGAGUUGGAUAGUGGCACUCCAGAAAAUGAAAAAGAUGCUACUACUGAAAAAGAAGCAAUAGAGAAUAGCAAUGAAAAAGAAGCUGGUCCAGUAACCAACGGCGAAUCUGAACAGAAAGCAGAAAAUGGAGAAUCAGUUACUACUACUCCAGAUGACGGCAAGAAACCAAAGAAAGAAAAAGUGAAAAAGAAGUGGUCGCUCAGGUCUAUCAGCUUCAGCAGGAAAGAUAAGCCCAAACAAGAAAAGAAGCAAAAGGAAGAGGAGACUAAGACAAAUGGUGAACCGGAAAAGGUUCCCGAAGAGGUGAUUGAAGCAACUGCUGAACAAUCUCAAAAUGAAACUGUCGAAGAAGUGAAAACUCCGAGCGAAGCAAAUGAGGAUAAGACUCCUGAAACUCCUGUUACUGAACCCAUCACAAAUGGCCACAGCACACCCGAGACUCCUCAGGUCGAGACUCUAGCAGCUGAUCAGCCGGUUGAGCACGUUGUUAAUCCCGAUGCUGACAAGACUGAAUCCAAGGCUGAGCCUGAACCCGAACAAUUACCUGUUAAUGGGCUCUCUUUGGAACAAUCCAAAACCGAAACUCCUGAAGUAAAUGUGAAAACGGUAGAAAUUGUUGAGAGUAAAAUUGAAGAAUCUGUAGCUGAAAAAGAAGUUGUGUCCGUUCCUGAAAUCCCUGUUAUAAAAGAGGUUUGUGUUGAAAAAGUACCUUUGAUAGAGCCAUCGCCUCCUCCGCUUCCUGCUAAUCCUCCUCCCUCCUCGGUCGCAUCCUUUGCUGCCACCACUAUGGCACCAGAAAUGACUGAUGCUUCGCUACCUAACACUGCUGAAACCACAUUCACAACACAAGAGCCUGCCGUAACUAAUGUGGCUGUACACAAUGACACACACGCUGUAAAUCCUACGGCUGUUUUAAGCCAGUCACAAACCAAUAAUACUAUCCCUCUCCCAUUAAAGGAAGAAAUUAUAGAAACCACUGAUCACAAACCAGAAAAGCUAACUGAAGAAGUGGCUCAAAUUUCGGUCGAAUUAGCAGACACUGAAGAGAAGAUUUCUGAAGUUUUAAAGGAUAAUUCCAAUGUAGAAACAAAAGCUGAAAUAACACUCUUUGAAGAAACCACAAUAAAAGAAAUAAAAAAUGAAGAUAUAGUCUUAAAAGGUCUGAUUCAGGAUGAUAUUGCUCAUGACACAAUUGGUGAAAUACAACUGCAAAAUAAGCUAGAAAAUGCUUCUGAGACUACUAAAAAUGAAGAGAUAAAACCUGAAGAUGGAGAUAAAAACAACCAAGAGCCAAUACAAAGUGAAUUGGUAGCUAUUAUUGAAAAUACAGAUCAAAAUGGUGGUAACAUUAAUAAAUUGACUUGCGAACAGAACAUUGAACAAUUAAAAACAGAAAAUCAAACAGAAUCGCCUACUAUUAAUAUUGACAAUAACGAUUGUAACAACGUAAACGAGAGUGUAAUUUCAGAAGUAGUACCAGACAAUCAAGAGCUCUGUAGCAUUGAUGAAAUUAAAACACCUUCAUUUGAAGAGUUAUUAGAACCCACAGAGGUGACGAAAAUGGACAUAACAAACAUGGAAAAAAAAGAUGAUUUGAAUAACGAUGUUGAAGAGUUCCCAGAACCUCCCUCUUUGUCAGGUGACGAAGUUAAUUUGACGGAAAUUGAUGACAUUACUCUACAUUCGGAAUCAAACUUGACAACUAAAGAAGACAUUUCGGAGAACGAACAUAUCCCCGAUGACGUUAAACAAAAUAACAGUAACGAAAACAUGAAUAAAACUGACGACGGAAAGAUAUCUGAGCAAUGUGACACAAAACAAACCAACGGGACAGAAGAGAUCGACAACAUAAAAGAAAGGGAAGAAUCUGCUGGAAACAAAAUCAUUGACGAAUGUACAGAUAUGGUAGAAAAUAUAAUGGAGAUCGGCGCGUGCAACGGUAACGCGCAGCUGGCGGCGAAGCAGCAGGCGAGCGAGGAGCAAGCGUCGCCGCCACUCGGUCUGCACACGCCACAGGAACCUCUCCCGAUCUCUGACAAGAUGGAUUUAAUUCCCGACGUACCCUUUCCAGAAUUAAAACCUGAAACUGAAACAUCGUCGGAUGUAGCGGUGGCCAAUUAGACAUCGUAUGAUCAAAUAUAAUAGUCCACAACCGCGGGUCAACGUGUCUGAACAUAUUUUAUUUAUUACAACUUCGUACUGCGAUGUAACAUCGAACUUAGUUCGACCAUACCUUAUAUACAAUAUCAAUUACAAUGAAUUUCAAUUUAGAAUACCACAUAUAUGGCGUAUUUAUAAGUUUAGUGUGCUUUGCUUCUGUAAAAUUAAGAUUAUAUUAUAUUCGCUAGGAUCGAGUUUUAUAUUACAAUAACAAAGUUAUAUAGGCAGUAUACGGUGCGAUAAGUUGGUGCCAUUAUUACAGGGGUAUUAGUUUCGAUGUCGUCGGUCACUUCGUCAUUGUCCCUUAUGAAAUAAAUGUCACACAAAAUUAUAAAUCGAUUAUAAUUUAGUUUUUUGUGGCUUUUCUAUCGAUUCCGAAA